GAAACACAAGUACACACGAGUCAACUCAUACACCUGUGGUCCUCAGGUAACGUAUGUGGGGUAAAUGGACCUCCAUAUCACAGCCGAACCGAACAAUCCCAUUUUAGUCUUCAAACAUCAUUGACUUAACUAAAAGUGUGAGAAGAGCCAGCAUGAGCAUCUGCACUUCCUGGGCAACUGUUGCCAUAAUUCUCACUGUUUUGCUAUCUUCUGAAGGGCAGACAGGGGGAAAUCAAACUGAAAGCCCGAAGCCAGGUUUACUGCAGCUUUCUGCGUAUCUAAUGGCCAAUUAUUCCAAGGGUGUUCGACCAGUCCUGGACUGGAGGAAAACAACAACAGUGGCCAUUGAUCUUAUGGUUUACGCUAUUCUGAAUGUGGAUGAGAAAAAUCAAGUUUUAACCACCUAUAUCUGGUACCGACAGUUUUGGACAGAUGAAUUCUUGACGUGGAAUCCCCAGGACUUUGAUGACAUCAAACAAUUAUCAAUUCCCACUGCAAAUAUAUGGGUGCCAGACAUUUUAAUAAAUGAAUUUGUUGAUGUAGGUAAAUCGCCUGAUAUUCCAUACGUAUACGUUAACUAUGAAGGUCAAGUGAAGAAUUACAAGCCCAUCCAGGUGGUCACUGCCUGCAGCCUGGAUAUUUACAACUUCCCAUUUGAUGUCCAGAACUGCACAUUUACAUUUACAAGCUGGCUGCAUAACAUUCGGGACAUCAAUAUCUCACUGUGGCGCUCGCCUGAGCUUGUAAAGUAUGACAGGAACGUUUUCAUGAACCAAGGAGAGUGGGAACUACUUUACGUCGAUACACAAUACAAUGAAUUCAACCUGGAAAGAGAGGUGUCAGAUGGCUAUGCAGAAAUGCACUUCUUUCUGGUCAUCAGAAGGCGCCCCUUGUUCUAUGCUGUUAGUUUGCUACUACCCAGCAUCUUUCUGAUGGUCAUGGACAUCAUCGGAUUUUAUUUGCCACCAGACAGUGGGGAGAGAGUAUCGUUCAAAAUUACCCUUCUCCUCGGGUAUUCUGUUUUCCUGAUAAUCGUUUCCGAUACUCUUCCAGCCACUGCCAUUGGGACUCCACUGAUAGGUGUGUAUUUUGUGGUGUGCAUGGCCUUGCUGGUGAUCAGCCUGACCGAGACCAUUCUCAUUGUGCGACUGGUGCACAAGCAAGACCUCCAACCCCACGUGCCCCAGUGGGUGAAGCACCUGGUCCUGGAGAAAGCUACUGUCUUACUCUGCAUCCACAACCGCAACAAAAACCACUUCAGUCCCAUGCACCAACACACCGGGGACAGGAAACUCAGCUCUGCAGUACAACUGAAUCACUUUACCUGUGAAAAUGGAGCACAAUACGACAAACCAGUGGAUGCUGAUCUAUCUCAAACCCCAGUGGACAGUAUCCUGCAGGAGAUUUCAGCCAUCCGACAGUUCCUGGAGAAGCGGGAGGAGUACAGGGAUAUCGCGAAGGAGUGGCUCCAGGUGGGCUAUGUCUUGGAUGUGCUCCUCUUCCGUGUGUACCUGGUGGCUGUGCUGGCUUAUGGAAUCAGUCUGGGCACUUUGUGGUCUAUCUGGCAAUAUUCCUGAGACAACGGAUUGCAAGCCAUGUAGUUUCUGUCCACCUGGCAAGGUAAACACUUACAAAGUUUGCUUUCUACCUUGUCUUACAUCAAGUUAGAUUGUCGACAGGCUGUAAACAGGCCUCUUAGCUCGACUGGUCUAUUUUCUACAAUGAUCUCCUCCCCUUAUCUUCCUUCUUUUCCUUUUUCUCACAUAUGCUAAUCUAACUUUCCAUUCAACACAUUGGUUUUAAAUAUUCAACUAUUUUGAGCAACCACACCUUAGAAUACUUUUGCCCUCAGUCAAUUGGACUGAAGAUGCAAUAUAUUAGCACCAUGUAAUGUUUUCUGCUGCCAAAAUUAGGGUGCGUUCACUGCAUUGGAAACUAUCUUGGAUGGUAGGGAUGUCAAACACACCACUGCUAUAUUGUACAUUUAGCCUGAACGAAUGAGGAUGGAUCUCUGUGUCUUGGAUGAUGAAGAGCCUUCUCUCUGAGAAACUGAAGAAAUUGAAUUUUCUGCUCUUUUUAUCCAACAAUAAUGUUGGUGGAAGUUCACACAGGCAGCUGAACCUGUGGAGCCAAUUUCUCACCCAAUGUCAUACACUUAAUGUCCUUCCACAACUUUAUUGUAGACUGUAGGUAAAAUUUGAAAGGUAUUGACCUUAGAAUGAAGAGUUUCUCUUAUCAUUGUAAUGGUAUCAGCCCAUUGAGAAAUUUAUGGAAUUGGCUGUAACAUUGGCCAACUGAUUUCACUUCCUUUUUAAUGACCAAUGGAAAGGAUUAUUAAAUGGAUAUGAAAAGCCACCUGUAAGGUUAAUGAUUGGUGGGUGAGCUUAAAGUAAAAUUCCAGUGUUAGUUGCAUUGUAAGUCUCAUCAUUAAUCAAACACCAAUCAUUAUUCAUUUGAGUUUUUCUUUCUUGUUCCCCUACAGAUCUCAAUAUCCCAUCCCAUAUGAUGCUCUCUUUUCCCUUACUGUGUUGAAAUCAAAAGGCAUUGCAGACACUGUAACUCGUUCAACAGAUGAACACAUUUGUGCCCCUUCUUGAGCUAAAAUGCACAAAAGUUCAAAGUAAAUUUAUUAUCAAAGAGCAUAUAUGUCACCAUGUCCUAUCCUGAGAUUCAUUUUCUUGCAGGCUAUCACAGUAGAACAAAGAAAUACAACAGAAUCAAUGAAAAACUUUUCACAAAGAUGGAUAAAAAACCAAUAUGAAAAAGAAGACAAAUUGUACAGAUACAAAUAAAAAAACAAAUAAUAAUAAUAAUACUGACAACAUGAGUUGUAGAGUCCUUGAAAAGUGAGUCUACAGGUUGUGGAAACAGUUCAGUUGAGGUGAGUGAAGUUGUCCACACUGGUUCAAGAGCCUAAUAGUUGAGGGGUAAUAACUGUUCCUGAACCUGGUGGUGUGGGAUCUCCUUCCUGAUGACAGCAGCGAGAAGAGAGCAUGGCCUGGAUGGUAGGGGUCCUUGAUGAUGGAUGCUGCUUUCUUGUGGCAGUACUCCUUGUAGAUGUGCUCACUGGUGGGGAAGGAUUUUCUGGUGAUGGACUCAUUACUUUUUGUAGGGUUUUCUGUAAAAACUAAAUCUUGUCCUUCUGCAAUCGGUUGUUGAGUCAUUCUGCUGCCUUAUUGAUAUUUUGAAAUUCGAUUCUUGAGCGAUAAGAUUCUCAGUUAAAAGCAAAAGACUAUUGCUAAUAGGAGUGUUAAGUACAUUUCACCCAUUUUCUCGAGAGAUCUCAAAUCAUGGUUUCAUUAGGUGUAUUUAGGCUGAAGAUUCAUAGACUGGUGAGAAAGAGCAGAAGAGUUUUCCCUGGUAAUCUGGGAGAUGAAAUCUUCAUCUAACAUUACAAAAGAAGAAUAUUUCAUUGCUAUCUCAUCUAUAUUCUAACGUUCUUUACUUCACUGAUAUACAAUUGUAGUAAUAUGACAUAUUUGAACAGAACACAGCAUUCAUUGCUCAUAGAUAAAAGAAUAUUUACACUUUCUAAUAUCAACUAUUUAACAAAACAAUAACGUUAAUAUUUGGGAUAUAUCAUUGCAUUUUCCAAGUUUGCAUGCCCCUAGCCUGGAGCUUUGCCCCUGACCAAUCGCCCGUCAAUGCAUGAUAUGUCUGCAAAUUAUGAUCCUAAUCAUUCGCAUUAGAUGGGCUUAGGUCCUGGAACCUCCACACCUCUGUUCUCCCCAAGUAGCCCUGAUGCAGGAAUAUGUUUGUGGAAUUAGUUAAUAACUGCCUGCAUAAGUAAUCGAUUAACAAGAAUUUGAUACAUUUUCCAUUCAUUUUAAUCAAAUAUAAAAUUACAAGUUGUAUUAAGACAGCUUCUCAUAGGCUUCCAGCAGUAAACAUCCCUGGGAAAUGCUUCACAGAUUUUUCAUUGAAAAUCACAUGGAUGGGAAGGUGAGCAUGGAAUGGAAUUUCCUUAUUUACAUUCCCAGGUACACCGGGAGGACCAACUUUAAAAUUGCAAAGUGAAACAUAUAACCUUGUUUAACCAAGCUAUUGGGAGCCUGAUUGACUUUUUGAAUUUAGUUAAAUAAAAUUAUUGCCAAUAAGCCAGAAAAUAAAGUACAACUGCAAACAAAUCUAUAAUUAAUACUUGUGAUAAAAAUUAAGAAAAAUUAGGUAGACUGCGUAAAGAGACACUAACUUACGAAAGACUUGGCCAUGCUUGAUGCUGGCAUAAUUGGACUAAUGAUAUAAGAUGCUGAACAACUGUUGAGGUGUGUUCUAGCAAUAAAAUCUUGCCUUUAUAUAGAUGCUUAAUACAUUGAAGCACCUUACAGCUGGAUUCUCAGAUUGAAGAUUCAUGAUUGUUUAAUGUUAUUUCCUGUACACAAGUGUAAUGGAGAACAAAAUGAUUAUUACUCUGGAUCUGAAGCAGCACAAAAAAAACCCCACAGAAGAUAAAGAACACAAUAAUAAAAAAACACAAUAAAUAUAAAUAUGUAAGAGCGCUUAUAUACAGAGAUUGAUUAUAUGUCCAUAAAGUGACACUAGGCUGUACACAAGGUGACUGACAGGAAAUAAUAAAGUCGUGGUGGAAUUAGUGGGUGAAGGUGUUCAUCAGUCUUACUGCUUGGGAAAAGUAGCUGUUUUUGAGUCUGAUGGUCCUGGUGUGGAUGCUACGUAACCUCCUCCUUCAUGGGAGUGGGACAGACAGUCCAUGAGCAGAGUGGGUGGGUUCCUUCGUGAUGUUACUGGUCCUUUUCUGGCAUCUUUCUGUAUAUACGUCCUUGGUGGCAGUGGGGCUGAUGCUAGUGAUGCAUCGGACAGUUUUGACUACCCAUUGUGGAGCCUUCCUGUCCGCCGCAGUGCAGUUUCCAUUCCAUGCAGUGAUGCAGCUUGUUAGGAUGGUCUCUACUGCUCAUCUGUAGAAUGACAUGGGUGUAGAUGUGCAAAGCCCAGCUCGCUUCAGCCUCCUCAGAAAGUAGAGACAUUGAUGAGCUUUCCUGGUUGUGUAGGAUGUGUUGACACCCAUCCGCCAGAGGAGAGACAACUGAAGAGCAAGUUUUAAGGAUUGCCUCAAAAUAGGAGCGAGUGCUAGAGUUUUGGUGAGGGAAUUUCAGAGUCUGGAACCUGGAGAGCUAAAAAGAGAGCCACCACUGCUGAUGUAAAGGAAUGUGGGAAUAUUAUCAGACUUGUCUGAAUAUUGUGAAAAUGAGAGUAUUGUCAAACUGGAAUAUUGUCAGACUGGAUCCCACUCAUCUCUAAGAGAUUAGUGUCCAUGUACCUUAUUUAAAUCUGCCGUGAACCUGUGUGACAUUUAAAAAGGAUUUUCAAACUCGUACUGAAUUGAAGGAGAUUGCAGAUUAGAGAACCAAUGGCAGUACAUACUCCCUUCCACUACAACUCCCUAUGAGAAUUUAUCCUAUAAUAUAAAUGUGCAUUAGAAAUGUUCAGCAUAACCUUAUAUUUACAGUAUGCCUCUAAAUAGCUGUGUGAAUAGAGAAAGCUAAACAUGUUUUCUUUUGCCAACGUUACCCUCUAAGACAAAAUGUCCAACCCUGCAAACAAAAUCCCCAGUGGACCAAUAUAUCUGUUAGACACCUAGUUUACUUUAUCAUUGCUUAUGAUUACUCACCCAACACCAUAUUACUAAUGUGUGAAUUCACCAAAUUUUGUUGAAUCACGGAUUAGCUUGCAUUUACAGUGCUGAAAUAGACUGUUCAACUCUAUUAAUCUAUGCCAGUGAUUAUGUACUGCAUGGACCAUUCCCCACACAACCAUAUCAUCCAACAUUCUCCUCUUUACUCUCUCUUGUGAUUGUCCAUUAUCCUUAGAUAUUUCUACUUUGAUCAUUGUAGAAGAAAAAAAAUCUUCCAUUACUUUCUAAAAAGUCACUAGUUUUUGUUUUCAAUAUGUCAAGAGGCUGUUACUGGCAUUAAUCCUAGGGUGGAACAGAAUUUAAUUUGUUGUUGUGGCAUGUGCUUUCUUCCAAAGAUAAUGUCUAUAAGAAGUUUUUCUUUCUGAUACGCCACUAUUCAACCAAGAACUGUUGUGUUCUGUAAUUGUCAUUAUCCCUCUGAAUGUUGUAAACCUUGCAGCUCAAUA